AUGGAGGCCGAGGUCGACGACCCACUUUGGCCACCGCCAUACGUUGUGCAGGACGAUAUGAUGGUUGCUACAGCAGGUUAUGAAGCGAGUACCUCUUGGCCUCGACCAGAAUACGUCGCCGAUAACAUCACCUACGAGCGAUUACUCAUCCUGCUCGAGCACCAAAUCAUCGACGCCAUGCCGAAUUUUACAAACGGGCUUCCACCAUGUGAAUUGUGCCUUCAUCAAAGCAAGGAACCAGCUUACCUAAAUUAUAACCUCGUGGUCAUCGGUAUCAUCUUGCCGAUCGUUGGCUUUUUUGGAUUAAUCGGGAACGCACUUUCGGCAUUUACCUACAGUCGUCCAGAAAUGCGCUCCUCAACAAAUAAUUACUUGUGUGCGUUGGCUUGCUCAGACAGUGCCGUUAUUUUGACAGGGAUUUUCAUUUUUACUGUGGAUUCGAUUCGGCGAUAUUCUCUACCAAUAAACACCCUCUUUGCCGCGAUGAGCCCGACAUUAUACACGAUGGGGUUGAUAGCUCAGACGUGCUCUGUCUAUUUUACGGUCGUCGCUGGCAUCGAUUGCUUUAUACAAGUUUGCCUGCCGACAAAAAUCAAAAAUUUAUCAACGGGCCGAGGAAUCACGCGGAAUACCAUACUUGCCGUCGUUUUAUUUUCGAUCCUCUACAAUAUACCUCAUUGUUUUGAGGCUGUUGUAAUCAGCUGUUACCAUAAUCAGUAUGAUGGCCCGUCUUAUGAAGUUUGUCCAGCACCGUUAAGGUAUAAUGAAAUGUAUGCCACUGUAUAUUAUAAAUACAUGUAUUCCAUAUUCCUUGCUGUCGGCCCGUUGAUUCUUUUGAUAAUGCUAAAUGUAUGCAUCAUCACCGUAUCCGUGUUCUCUUCUGGACCUUCGAAUAAUGGAGAUACGAUAUCGCUGAUCCUAGUCGUCCUCCUUUUUAUCUUUUGUAACUCCGCCGCGCUCCUGCUCAAUAUAUUCGAAGAAGAGCUAGAUGAGCGCCUGAAACACAAUAUGAAUUACAUAAUCGAUUUAUCCAAUCUACUGGUCGUCUUCAAUUCGAGCUUCAAUUUUGUGAUAUACAUGAAAUUCUCCGAUGCUUUCCGCAAUACAUUAAAACUACAUUUAAACGGGAGAAGAGCCGUGAAGACUAGCAGAACUUCCAGGGUU